ACACCGCCAAAGUCGAUACCUACAUCAAAAACAAUGGUCUACCUGAGCCAUCGUUCGAACCCUCAUAUCCACCGAUCUUACAUCUUUCGCCUGAAGCAGAUGCAGCGCGGAACGCCGCUCUCGAAGCUCUUGACGAGCUUCGUGAUCAUCUCCUUGGGCCGGUAGGGAUGAUCCAUGCGGCCGUCAGCGGUUUCACAAACCUCGUGAGUUUGCAAGGGGUGGCGCAAUUCAAACUAGCAGCAAACCUUCCAGCCGAAUCUACCACUACCAUUGCAGAACUUGCAAAGACAUCCGGUAUGCACCUGGAUGAUGCAGAGCUGAUCGCUCGAAACGGAGUCACGCGACGUCUCCUUCUUCAACAUGACGAUGGAAAGAUUGGACAUUCGGCUGCUUCCAAAGCCAUACUCGAAUUCCCAAAUCUCGCAAGUUUUGUUGAAGGGACGUUGGCCCAUAUGUGGGGCGCUGCGCCAUUUGUUGUCAAAGCGAUGGAGAAGUGGCCCGGGUCGCAGGAGCCAACGCAAACAGCUUACAAUCUUGCUCACACGACCGAUCUGUCAUUUUUCGAGUACAUGGCGCAGCAUGAGACAGUAGCUCGCAAGUUCGCCGAGUCCAUGACGUUGAUGCAAAGCUCUCCAGCGCUGAGUGUCGACUUUGUGCUCGGCUAUGACUGGAAUCUACACGCGAGUGGGACCGUCGUCGAUGUUGGAGGUAGUCAGGGCAGUGUUGCCUUUAAACUGGCUGAAGCUUUUCCUGGCAUGGAUAUCAUCGUUCAAGACCGCCCGGAGAUCAUCGCCCUUGCACCCAAGACAGCAUACAAGAACGUUCAGUUUCAAGAGCACGAUUUCUUCGCUCCACAGCCUGUCAAGGACGCUGAUGUCUACUUCUUCCGCUUCAUCCUCCACGACUGGCCGACCAAGUACUGCAUCAAAAUCUUACAGGCACUGAUACCAGCGCUCAAACGAGGAGCCCGAGUCAUAUUGAUGGAUGCGAUAGUCCCGGAGCCUGGGGUAUUGAGUCCAUUCCAGGAGCGUUCGAUUCGAGACUACGAUAUGGUGAUGAAGAUGCUGUUUAAUGCUAAAGAGCGGACGGAAAUUGAUUGGAGGAAGUUGAUAGGUGAUGCGGAUGAGGGUGGAAGAUUUGAAGUGAUCCAUGUGCUUAGGCCGGUGCGAAGUCAGCUGGGGUUCUUGGUGAUUGAGUGGACGGGGUAG